UGCGCAGCGACUGCUGUCAUCUCGCCGCAGUCACCGCACCACCAUCCUGGUCAGUUCAGGGGAAUUACUUUCUCUCAUCGCUGCAUUCUCAAAGAGCUGAUUCUGCUCUACAAUGGGGAACAGAGACGACGAAUAUGAUUUCUUGUUCAAGGUUGUACUUAUCGGAGACUCCGGCGUGGGGAAGAGUAAUCUUCUGUCUCGAUUCACAAGAAAUGAGUUCAACUUGGAGAGCAAGAGCACCAUUGGGGUGGAGUUCGCCACCCGCAGCAUCCAGGUGGACGGAAAGACGAUCAAAGCUCAGAUCUGGGACACCGCUGGACAAGAGCGCUACAGAGCAAUCACCUCAGCGUAUUAUCGAGGUGCAGUCGGGGCCCUCCUAGUUUAUGACAUCGCCAAGCACCUGACGUAUGAGAACGUGGAGCGCUGGCUGAAGGAGCUGAGGGACCACGCCGACAAUAACAUCGUCAUCAUGCUCGUGGGCAACAAGAGCGACCUUCGCCACCUCAGGGCCGUGCCCACGGAUGAAGCUCGAGCAUUCUCAGAAAAGAACACACUCUCAUUUAUUGAAACAUCAGCGUUGGACUCCACAAAUGUAGAAGAGGCGUUCAAAAACAUUUUAACAGAAAUUUACCGCAUCGUGUCCCAGAAGCAGAUAGCGGACAGAUCUGCGCACGACGACUCUCCGGGUAACAACGUAGUAGACAUCAGCGUCCCACCAACUACUGACGGCCAGAAGGGCAACAAACUUCAGUGCUGCUAGAGCCUGUGACACUCCAUCUGAAGAACUCGUUCCCGUCUGCAGAUUCACCCCACCAUCACGCCACCCGUGCACUUUUUCUUCCCUGCUGUUCCCAGCAACUCCACUUUGAUUCUUUUUGUUUAUUCUUAUUCCUCGCUCUGCUUUCUAUAAGUACUUUUUAAAAGUCACUUGUGCUCUUCUCUCCUGUGACGAGAGGAACAUCUCAGAAGCCUUUUUGUCCGUGGAUCAGUUGAGUUGAUCCUGGAGUCGGUGUGAAGGUCCCUGAUGCAAGAAUGAGACGGACGCUGCUGUCCUAAAAGAGCUCGUGGUGGUUAGGAAAUACAUUUCAAUGGUUGUGCCACUAGAUGGCGCUGAACAACUGAACCGUCACAAACCGACCUGCUGAAGCAGUAUUAUACUUCUGAAAGUGUGGCUCUUUAGUUCCACCCAAAAUAUUCUCACUAUGUAUUUAUUAAAGAAUAUUCAGCUUCAUUCUCGGUUUAUGAACAGUGUCAAUUUACAAUAAAAUCUUAACAG